ACGGCAUCAAAUUUGAUUAUACCAACCCCUGCUCUCUCUCUCUCUCUCUCUCUCUCGCUCUGAUAUUCACAGAGAUGUCUGCUAGCAUCAGGAGUGACAGUGACAGGCCUUUUGACAUUCAAGAACUCUUACAAAUUAGGGCAAGGUGUAAAGAGCUAGGGAAAGAAAAAGACAUGUUGAAGGAGUCUCAGUCCCAAAGCCUUGAGCUGAUCAGAAGGCUAGAAGUACAUGUGAAGACAUUAUCUGAGGCCUGCUCUGAAGAUGAUAAACAGAUCCAGGAAUUGGAAAGAGAGCUCAGGAACUGCUCUCAAGAGAUAGGUAAUUUUUUGCAGGAUCAACUCAGUUCGAAGAAUACAGAGUUAAACUUUCUAGAAAAGCAUGCGCACAGCCUAGAGUUGAAACUAGCAGGGAUAGAAAAUCUGCAGAAGAUGGUUGGCAGGUUGCAGGAGGAAUUGAGGAAGUCCAAUUUGGAACGGCUAUUCUUGAUGCAAGAAUUAGAUUGCAAAGAAGUACAAUUACAAAAGUCAACUUUGUACAUUGAGAAACUGGAGGAGUCAAUUUCAUCUGUAGCAUUAGAAUCACAAUGUGAAAUUGAAAGCAUGAAGCUUGACUUGAUUUCCUCGGAGCAGGGAUGCUUUGAAGCUAAUAAAUUUAAGGAAGAAAUUAUUGAAGAAAACACUCAGUGGAAUUACUUGAUUCAAGAACUGGAAGUUCAGUUGCAGGAAGCUCAGUCUGUUAUUGAAAGCUUAGACAAAGAAAAUAAAGAACUAAGAGAGAAGCUUGAAGCAUCUGAAAUGUAUGCCAGGGCAUUUUGUCAAAAAAUUGAAGAACACUUGGAAGAAUGGCUGGAAGACAAGGAUGAAUUGCAAUUUGAUUCUCAGCCUUCAUUUGGUGAAAAAGGGACCAAGCUUAUUGCAUCAGAAGAAAUAAGGACUUGUGGCAAAGUUUUGGGCCCACUUCUUUCAAAAUUGACGAUGGUAGUAGCAGCAUCGCAUGAAAUUUUGAAGGGCGAAAUGGAGCUGAUAUCACAUCAGACGUACGGAUAUGAACUUCUGGUGAAGCAACUUAAGGAAGAAUUGAGGGAGGAAAAGCUAAAGGCGAAGGAUGAGGCGGAGGACCUAGCUCAAGAAAUGGCCGAGUUACGAUACCAAAUUACAGGUUUGCUCGAGCAAGAAUGUAAACGACGUGCUUGCAUUGAACAGGCAUCUUUACUGAGAAUAGCUGAGUUAGAGGCACAGAUUCAAAAUGAACGAACGAAAUCACUCAAUGCUGCCAAGCACUUGCAUGAAGCACAAGGGUCACUCAAAGAGGAUUAUAGAAAUAUAUCACAUGAAUAGUGGGUUGAAGGGGACUAAUGCCAAAUACCCGAUGGAGAGCAUACAGUGCACCCUGGUAGAUGAGAAACAGCGUGCAGCUGUGGAGAGUCCAGAAAUCUUGCCAAUUGUGUAUGAUUGAAGUCGGAACUUCCACAUUGGGUGCAUACAACAGAUAAGGCUUCAUGCAAUGGAAUAAGCGUGUACGAGGAGGCACAAAAGGGCAGUUUUCCUUCUCAUCAGUUUCUUAAUUAGGACAAUAGUGCAGAGCUUGUUUCCCGAGUGUAUACUUUGCAUGUUGAAACUGAACACUGCAUAUUCAUUCAUAUGGGUUUUCUUUUCUUUUCUUUUCUUUUUCUUCUUUUUGGAAUUUUUCCUUUCGUGGUGAAAAUAAGCGAUGGAUUAAUGUAUAUCUGCUUUUUAUUUCUUUUGAGAGGAUAGUAAAUCUAACAAGUAGGUAGCUGCGCUGUUUUAGAUCUCA